CACUGUUGUACUGCUCUGUAUUUGAGCUCAUCAGCGAGCUUCUGGCAGAAGGUGUUCGCCGGAUUUGGGUUCUGCAUUCUGCCGCUCAUCUGCUGCAGUACUUACUAUUGGCAUCAUUGUGGACUUUUUUUUGCUGGUACUGAAAUGUGCAAGAAUUAAAGCCAGCAGGCAUUUAUUGCAAGGAUUAAUGAGAAACAUCUGACUGCUUCCCUGCAGUUUUGCUAAUACUGGUUUAACUGCUUCCAUCCUGGACUACAACAAAGUUAAAGAUGAUCACUGAAUUGGAAAAAGUAUGCUAUGAAAGAUUUAUAAUCAGAUUCAUUAGCAAAAAGCAGAGUAAUUAUGCUAUGCAACUCGACAACCCUCAAUAUUUAUGUGCAAUAGAAGGUUGCUAAUGUACCGAACAGACUGAAAACGUGGGAAGACGUUUAUCCGCCCUAUUACUUUCUGCUGAAACCUGUCAUUUUAGCCUUUUGUUACUGAUCUAAGCCUGUCGUUAAGCACAAAGAAAACAACGAGACUCCCACAACCUUCAGUGAGAAUAAAGGAUUCAGUUGAACAGAUUAACACAGACUUUGGUCUGGUGUCCUUCUUGUGUACAAAGGCUGCUAUUAAAAAAAGGAGAAAAAAAAGAUACAUAAGUGUUAUUUAAUAAGAUGUGAGAUGCAGAGCUGCUACUAGCACUUAAAUUUCAAGAUUCAGCUGCCAUUCAUUGUGCUUGAUGCACAUGUUUCUGCACAGUGCAUUUAGACAAUACAAGAAGAGAAUCCAAAACGGCUGCGGGGGAACCUUCACCAAACAUGCCUACAGAAACACUACAGACAGGUAGCAUGGGGAAACCUGUUAGCCCAGCAGUUACUUUUACAUCUGCUGUCCCUCUUCGUAUAUUGAACAAAGGACCUGACUAUUUUCGCAGGCAGUCAGAACCUAAUCCCAAAAGGCUCAGCGCAGUGGAGAGACUAGAAGCUGAUAAGGCAAAAUAUGUCAAGAGCCAAGAGGUUAUCAAUGCCAAACAAGAGCCUGUGAAGCCAGCAAUUCUUGCAAAGCCUCCUGUUUGCCCUGGAGCUAAGAGAGCUUUGAGUAGCCCGACCAUGAAAAUGUUUAACAAUAAUGCAAAGACUGAAAGCUGUGUACAAAGAGAGAAUUUAAAGCUAGAGAUACUUAAAAACAUUAUUAAUAGUUCUGAAGGAUCUAGUACUGGUUCUGUGCAUAAGCAAAGUUCAAGAAACUGGCCUCCAGGUAAGUCUGAUUCAGUUGACCUUAACCGGCAUUCGUUUGCGGAAUCCUUAAAGGUCUUCAGCACUCAAGGUCAUGUCAACUCUCAAGACAGCAAUUCAAACAUCAGCAGAAGGCUUUUGGAGAAGUCAAAGGACACUUUUCUGCAUGUUUCCCACAGUUCUUCAGACAUUAGGAAAGUUACCAAUUUGAAACAGAUAAAAGCAAUACCAUGCAGCAGUUCAGCCCCACCCUUACCUCCAAAACCUAAACUUUCUACACUCACAACUCUAAAAUCACCGGAGAACGAGAUGUGCGAAUCUGGAUGUGGAGUAAGUCGCAGACCCUCACUUCAACGUUCCAAAUCCGAUUUAAGUGACAGAUACUUUCGUGUUGAUGCUGAUGUCGAGAGAUUCUUUAAUUAUUGUGGACUGGAUCCUGAGGAGCUUGAAAAUCUUGGAAUGGAAAAUUUUACAAGGGCUAAUUCCGAUAUCAUUUCUCUAAACUUUCGCAGUGCAAGCAUGAUCAGCUCAGACUGUGAACAGUCUCAGGAUAGCAACAGUGACAUUAGAAAUGAUGACAGUGCCAAUGACCGCGUGCCAUAUGGCAUUUCUGCAAUAGAAAGAAAUGCCAGAAUUAUAAAAUGGUUGUACAGCAUUAAGCAAGCUAGAGAGUCACAGAAGGUAUCACAUGUGUGAGAGAGCCAGCUAUAACUUAAAGAAACUGUACCGUUGUCUGUGAAUAUUCAGUUGUGAAGGGUUGUAAAAGUCUACUUGAAGUCUUGUAAACUUUUCGAACUGCUCUAUGUUGCUUGUUGUGCAAUGUUUUCAAGUUGCAUGCCUGUCAACACGUGAACUGACCUGGCUUCCACUUGAACAAUGACUACAAAGCCUAUUUAAAUAUGUUCCUCACUAUCUGCCAAAAGUUUAAGACCAAGUAAAGUUAGAGGCUUUGUUUUAAUGUUAAAUUUGUUUACAUGACAAUGAAAGGUAGAAAUUGGUCAUAAUAUUCAUUAUUAUUUUCACUUAUAUUCUUUGGUAACAGUAUUUUUUUGGUUAAUACUUUUUAGGGAAAUUGUUGCUUUAAAAUAUUUAAAACAGAUUGGUAGUAAUAUGUAAUGCAAAGGUUGUAUUUGCAAACUCAUUUCAUAACGUCUUUUUUUUUCCCCCCCAUCAGGACAAUCUCUAAAGUACUUUUUUUUUUUUUUUUCUUGUUGCUGUUUUGUUUUCUUAAUAAUUAAUGGUAUAACCAUUCCUUAUAAUACAGAAACAAAUGUAUAGAUGCGUUAGUAUGGUAUAACCAAGGAAAAUAUAUUUUUGUAUGUAUUUUGUGUUUCCUAGUCUUAAACUUUUGACAAAAACAAUGAGAACCAGUGUAUAACUUACGUAAGUUGCCUUUUACUGAGCAAAUCAUUGCAACUCGAUUUUAUGUUUUUGUUUAAACAUAUUAAAGAGAUUGUGAACAGAAAAUGGAAAUCUACAGCCAUAUCAGUAUAAAGGAAUUCUAUUCAAAAAAAGCCUCAGAGCUGAAAUUUAGCUGAAAGAACUAUAUUUGUUGUCUUGCAUAAUACAUCUUGGUCUAUCAGUGUUUUUUCCACUUGAGAAUAUUGUUGUGAUAACAAAAGUAGCUACAUUUCAUUUCUCAUGGCAGCUUUGUGCUGCAUGUUGGGUUUUUUUCCCUCUUUUUGUCUUCCCAAUGGGCAAGUAACUGGUUUUCUAUCAUGCAGGUCAUUUUUUUUAAUUGGAAUCUGCUGGAACACAUAUUUAAAGUACUGUGGUUCAGAAUUGUCUCAGAACUUUUGUGAACUUCAUCAGGCCGAAAUAAAAACCUUUUUUUAUUGGUGUAAAUGCUGUAAUGAUUUGUACAUACUUCAUUUGCUAUCGAAUCUUUGGGGGGAAAAAAGUGUUAUGCUAAUAAAUAGCUCUUGUUUCAA